UCUGCCUCCUCAUAUUAAUACACACUGAACAACCAAAGAGAGACUCAACACAUCACAGAGCUCCCUCCAUGAAUCUAAAUUCGCAUUGUGGCGCGUGAUUCGCACUCGACGCGUUCCGCUGAAAUUCGACUUGCUAAGGGCACCAUUACUCUUUCUUUAGAAUUUCAAUCCACGAAGUUCAAGAGGAAUGUGUGAUGGAUUCUCCGGAGGGUCAGGGUUUCAGAGGUGUAGAGGAGAGUUUUGGAGUCUUGGAGACUGCUUCUCUGGUUGAAUCUGUCACUCAUUCAUAAGGAAUAUGGCUUUGCAGAAGUAUGUUCCUUCUGGUGAUGCACCUAAUGUGAAUAUGAAAAAUUUGAGGUUUUCCAGAAAGGUUCCUGAGAAAGCUCAGCUUGACAUGGCAAAUCAGAAUCAUGACAUGGAUGUGGAUAUUGACCUCAAGGAAGUUUAUUUUCUCAUUAUGCACUUUCUUUCUGCUGGGCCAUGUCAUAAAACUUAUUUGCAGUUCUGGAAUGAGCUUCUUGAGCAUCAACUUUUGCCUAGAAGGUAUCAUGCUUGGUAUUCAAGGAGUGGGGCACACAGUGGAGAUGAAGAUGAUGAUGGUCUAUCAUUCCCUUUAAGUUACAAUAAGUUGGUGGAGAGGUAUCCUCACAUUGAAAAGGAUCACUUGGUAAAGCUUUUGAAGCAAUUAUUAUUAAAUACGGCCUCCCCGUCACUGGGAAUGAGUACUGGAAAUGCUCCAAAUGCCGCUGAUGUACCUACUCUUCUGGGAAGGGGUUCAUUUUCUCUUCUGAGCUAUGACAGGGAUAAAAUGAAUGAAGUCAAACGACCACCUCCUCACCUGCGCUGGCCUCAUAUGAAAGCCAAUCAGGUUCAUGGGCUUAAUUUAAGGGAAAUUGGGGGUGGUUUUCCAAGACACCACCGUGCACCAUCUAUACGUGCUGCAUGCUAUGCCAUUGCAAAACCUUCUACCAUGGUACAGAAGAUGCAAAAUAUCAAGAGGUUAAGAGGACACCGUAAUGCUGUCUAUUGCGCUAUAUUUGAUCGAUCAGGAAGAUAUGUGAUUACUGGUUCCGAUGAUCGACUUGUAAAAAUUUGGUCAAUGGAAACUGCAUAUUGUUUGGCCAGUUGCCGUGGACAUGAUGGUGACAUCACUGACUUGGCUGUGAGUUCAAAUAAUGCUUUAGUUGCAUCCUCCUCAAAUGACUGUAUCAUUCGAGUUUGGCGCUUGCCAGAUGGCUUACCAAUAUCAGUUUUGCGGGGACAUACUGGAGCUGUUACAGCCAUAGCAUUUAGUCCCAGGCCCGGUGCUGUGUACCAGCUUUUAUCUUCCUCUGACGAUGGAACUUGUAGGAUAUGGGAUGCAAGGCAUACCCAGUCAAGUUCAAGAAUAUAUGUUCCAAGGCCUUCUGAUUCUGUAAUUGGGAGGAGCAAUGGGCCAUCUUCAAGUACUUUGCCACAGAGCCAUCAAAUUUUUUGCUGUGCAUUUAAUGCUAAUGGAACUGUCUUUGUGACCGGUAGCUCUGACAAUCUUGCCAGGGUCUGGAAUGCUUGUAAACUUAGUGUGAAUGAUAAUGACCAACCAAAUCAUGAGAUAGAUGUGCUAUCUGGGCAUGAAAAUGAUGUAAAUUACGUGCAAUUCAGUGGAUGUGCAGUAGCGGCUCGAUUUUCAACGGCUGAAACUUGGAAGGAGGAAAAUAUUCCCAAAUUUAAGAAUUCCUGGUUGAAUCAUGACAACAUAGUCACUUGCUCCCGUGAUGGGAGUGCUAUUAUAUGGAUUCCCAAAUCACGCAGGUCACAUGGAAAAAGUGGUCGCUGGACGCGGGCAUAUCAUUUAAGAGUUCCACCUCCACCUAUGCCUCCUCAACCUCAGAGAGGUGGUCCUCGUCAGAGAAUUCUACCAACUCCUCGUGGUGUAAAUAUGAUUGUUUGGAGCCUAGAUAACCGCUUUGUCCUCGCAGCUAUUAUGGAUUGCAGAAUUUGUGUUUGGAAUGCUUCUGAUGGAAGCUUAGUACACUCAUUGACUGGACACACUGAAUCUACAUAUGUUCUGGAUGUUCAUCCUUUUAACCCACGGAUAGCUAUGAGUGCUGGAUAUGAUGGAAGAACUAUUGUGUGGGAUAUAUGGGAAGGCAUGCCUAUCCGGAUAUAUGAGAUAUCACGAUUCAAGUUGGUAGAUGGAAAGUUUUCUCCGGAUGGGACAUCAAUUAUACUUUCGGACGAUGUUGGUCAAUUAUAUACAUUAACUACGGGUCAAGGUGAGUCCCAGAAAGAUGCCAAAUAUGAUCAGUUCUUUCUUGGUGAUUAUCGACCUCUCAUUCAGGACUCCCAUGGUAAUGUACUUGACCAGGAAACUCAGAUUGUUCCGUAUCGACGGAACCUGCAAGAUUUGCUUUGUGAUUCAGCAAUGAUUCCAUACCCAGAACCUUAUCAGAGUGAAUUUCAGCAAAGAAGAUUAGGAGCAUUCGGCCUUGACUGGCGCCCGUCAUCACUAAAGCUUGCUGUUGGACCUGACUUCAGUCUGGACCCAGAUUAUCAUAUGCUUCCAUUGGCUGACUUGGAUAUGCUCAUAGAACCACUGCCAGAGUUUAUAGAUGCUAUCGAUUGGGAACCAGAAAUCGAAGUGUUUAGUGAUGAUGCAGAUUCAGAAUAUAAUGUCACUGAAGAUUGCUCUUCUCGGGGUGAGAAAGAAUGUUCAAGCUCCAAUGACUCUGGUGAUCCAGGGUGCAGCACAGAUAACAGUGAUGGGGAUGACAUUCACAUGGAUAGCAUUCGUAGAUCAAAAAGGAAAAAACAGAAGACUGAAACUGAGAUUAUGACUUCUUCUGGAAGACGAGUGAAAAGGAGGAAUUUGGAUGAGUGUGAUGGCAAUAGUUUCAGCAGUAGCCGAAGUAGGAAGGGAAAAAGUGGCAAAAAAAAAUCAAGGAGGAAAUCUUCUAAAUCAAAAUCUUCCAGACCUCAAAGAGCUGCUGCACGUAAUGCUCUGCAUUUAUUUUCUAAAAUUACAGGUACACCAACAGAUGGAGAAGAAGAUAGUUUGGUUGAUGAUUUUUCAGAUAGUGAAUCCACAUUGCAAGAGUCUAAUAUUGACAGUGAUGAAUCUGGGAAAGCUUUACAAAAUGACCAACUGAAUUAUUCCAAGGGAAAAGAAGUAUCAUUGUAUGAAUCAGAUGAGAUGAAAUCUCAUGAGUUAACUGAGACUCAUGUGAAUGGUAUGAACAGGAGGAGAUUGGUUCUCAAGUUGCCGAUUCGUGAUUCAUCAAAACUUAUGCAUAACUUUGACGACCAGGCUGAGUUGGUUGGUUCAUCAUCAAAAGCUGCUCAGGAAGCUAGUGAUUUUAAUAGUUACAGACCAAGUUCUAAGGAUCCUGGGUAUUAUUCUGGCAGUGAAAGUUACCAUACAAUUGAAAGAACGAAUCAAGUAAAACUAGGCCAGGUAGCAGACCAUGUAGACUUACUUGGGAAAAUUAGAUGGGGGGUGGUUAGGGCUCGUUCUUCUAAAUCUCUGAGAGUAGCAGAAGCUAUUCCAUCAGAAGCAAAUCCUGACUCUGUAAAAUGUCUUGAUCAUCUCGAUGUAAAAGAAAAUAUUAGUACUGGGCAUGAGAAAGAGGACAGGGACUUUGGCACAUCAACCCCUGCUUUGGAAAUCCAAAAUGAUGAGGAUAAGGUAGAUAGUUUGACAGAAAUCAAUGAAAAAUGUGCUGAUACUACCUCACAGCCUUGUAAUCCUACUGAGAAUGGAGAAGAGCUCACAACUUCCUGCAACUGCAGGGAUAAAGAUGAAUCAAUAGUUUCUUCUUGCAUGAUUCCUCGUGAUACUAUUCCUGCUUCCAUCAUCCAUAGUCCGGCUGACCAACAAAUUGAAUCAAAUAUUGGUUUUCCUUCUGUUGCAACAAAGCUAAGGUCUAAAAGGGGUUCAAGGGGUCCUGAAAAUCCAUCCAAGCAUGAAAUAAAAUCUUCAGUGCUAAAGAAUAGUGCAUGUAGCAUUAAUGCUUAUAAUAAUUUGAACAACGUACAGUCUAUGGCAGUGGUUGAGGAUGAAAACACUAGAGUAAUAUCUAAUCAGGGAGAAAAUGGAUCUCAAGAAAUUGAUGCUCAGGUUAAACGAAAUACUACUUCACUUGAUUCAUUAGAGCCACAUUCACAUAGAGAUAAAAUGUAUAAAGCUGUUUAUAGAAGAUCAAGAUCACAUAAGGCUGUGACUAAUUUAGCUGAUGGUAGUGGCCUGGGAGAAUCAACUUCAAAUGGGAGUAACAGUAAUUUCAAUGCAGCAGUGGACUUUAGUAAUGGCACAAAUGGGGCUCUUCGUACCAAUGGAUCCUUAGAGUUGGAACCAACCUGUUGUGACACAAAUAAUGAGCAGAAUGAUCUCAAAGUGCAGCAAGGACAUGGAUAUUGUAUGGUUAGAAGUCCACAAAAUGUUUCCAUAAAUAGAGGACAACUUACAAAAGAAGAAAGGGGUUCUAGUUCAAAAUUGACUGUCGGUUUGAGGUCAACUAGGAUCCGGAGGUCUAGUUUUAAUAUUCGUGAGACUAGUCCUGUAAAUAGAAAGAAAUCUCUACCAUCAGCUACUAAAAGAUCAUGGUUGGUGUUAUCAACACAUGAGGAAGGUUGCAGAUAUAUACCACAACAGGGAGAUGAAGUUGUAUAUUUGAGACAGGGGCACCAGGAGUAUAUAGAUUAUAGCCAUAAAAGAGAAACAGGACCUUGGAUAUCACUUAAGGGACAUAUAGGAGCUGUAGAAUAUUGUAGAGUUCAAAGCCUUGAGUAUUCUCAUGUUCCAGGGUCUGGUGAUAGCUGCUGCAAAAUGACCCUUCAGUUUGUAGAUCCUAAUUCAAGUGUUGUUGGAAAAUCUUUUAAAUUAACUCUACCUGAAGUGACUAGUUUCCCAGAUUUUCUUGUUGAAAGAACAAGGUUUGAUGCUGCUAUGCAAAGAAAUUGGUCACGCAGGGAUAAAUGCCGGGUUUGGUGGAAGAAUGAGGAUGAUUCCUAUGGUAGUUGGUGGGAUGGUCGAAUCUUGUGCGUAAAAGCCAAGUCUUCUGAAUUUCCGGACAGUCCAUGGGAGAGGUAUACUGUUCGGUACAAGAGUGACCUCGCAGAAACACAUUUGCAUAGUCCUUGGGAGCUUUUUGAUGCCGAUACUCAAUGGGAACAGCCUCGUAUUGAUGAUUUGAUGAGAAAUAAGCUGCUAUCCGCUCUUACCAAAUCACAGCAGCCAGGCAACACAGUUCAGGAUCGUUAUGGGUUACAUGAAUUGAAGAAAUUUUCAAAUAAGUCAAAAUUUUUAAACAGGUUUCCUGUUCCUCUGUCUCUUGAAUUGAUACAGUCAAGGUUGGAGAACAAUUACUAUCGUAGUUUGGAGGCACUGAAGCACGAUGUGACAGUUCUACUGUCUAAUGCUACCUCUUUUUUUGAAAAGGAUGCAGAGAUGUCAGCUAAAAUCAAGCGCCUUUCUGAAUGGUUAACACGGAUAUUAUCAUCUUUAUAGUUCUUAGCUUUCUCGGUACAUAUAAGGCCAAAGCAGCCGAGCUGGUUAUUUUCCCGCGUAUAUUUUUUGUAGAUAGAUUUUUUAAUGUACCUUUUGAUCAAUUUUUUCUUGUUUACCGAAUUAGUUUCUGAGGUUAGAGAUAGGAAUAUCGGGAUAAAGUAGCAUUUUGCCGUGGAAAAUUUCUGCGGCUACAUUCAUUGUUUGUACAGAGA